AUGAGUCCGGAGGGCGACACCCCCAGCCCGCACGCCCGCCCCCUCCCUCCUUAUGAGAGCGAGCGAGCGGCGGCGCCCGAGCCACACUGCGCUGAGCCCGCUCCCCGCAGCCACCUCCGGCCCAGGAAGGGAGGGAGGGAGGGAGGGAGGGGUGGGGAGGGAUCCCGCCCGCCCGCCCGGCGCGGGCUCCGGGGCGCGAUGCAGAGACCCGGAGGCGGCAGCGGGGCUGGGGGCAGUGGCGGGGGCAGCGGUGGGAGCCAGGGCACCGCCUUCUCCAUCGACUCCCUUAUCGGGCCGCCUCCGCCGCGCUCGGGCCACUUGCUGUACACUGGCUACCCCAUGUUUAUGCCCUAUCGGCCGCUGGUCCUGCCUCAAGCUCUGGCGCCCGCGCCCUUGCCCGCAGGCCUCCCGCCACUCGCCCCGCUUGCCUCCUUCGCCGGCCGCCUCACUAACACCUUCUGCGCUGGGCUGGGCCAGGCCGUGCCCUCCAUGGUGGCUCUCACCACAGCACUGCCCAGCUUCGCAGAACCCCCCGAAGCCUUCUACGGUCCCCCGGAGCUGGCCGCCUCCCGCAACAAUCCAGAGCCCAGCGGCCGGCGCCCAGAGAGUGGGCUGGAGUCCGAUGAGCUGCCGCCGACCAGAGAGAAAGUAGCAGAGCCCCCACCACCGCCUCCUCCGCCGGCGCCGCACUUCUCCGAGACUUUCCCAAGUCUGACGGCCGAGGGGAAGGUGUACAGCUCGGAUGAGGAGAAGCUGGACGCGCCGUCCGGAGAGGCGGCUGGCAGCGAGCCCGAAGAGGAGGGCUCAGGCGGCGGUGAUAGCGAGGACGACAGCUUCCUGGACAGUGCCACUGGGGGCGCGGCGGCCCUGCUAGGGCCCAAAGCCAAGCUCAAGGGGAGCCUAGGGGCCGGGGCCCUGGACGGGCCUCCCGGGGCGCCGGGGGCCUCUGCUCCCGGGGGCAAGAGCCGGCGGCGGCGCACGGCGUUCACGAGCGAGCAGCUGCUGGAGCUGGAGAAGGAAUUCCACUGCAAGAAGUACCUGAGCCUGACGGAGCGCUCGCAGAUCGCCCACGCCCUCAAGCUCAGCGAAGUGCAGGUCAAAAUCUGGUUCCAGAACCGCCGGGCCAAGUGGAAGCGCAUCAAGGCCGGCAACGUGAGCAGCCGCUCGGGGGAGCCCGUCAGGAACCCCAAGAUCGUGGUGCCCAUUCCCGUGCACGUCAACCGGUUUGCCGUGCGCAGCCAGCACCAGCAGCUGGAGCAGGGCGCCCGGCCCUGAGGCGCCCAGGGAGGGCAGACCAUCCACGCUCCCCGGCCAGCUCUGGAGGACCUUGACCCGAGGCCGCACGGGAGCCUUGGGGCCCAACGAGGAUCCCGCUCCAGGCGGCGGGGUGAGAAGCCCGCUCGGACCUGUGGAGACUCCGCCCAGAGCCCACCCCCGGGCGCUCAAGGCUAUGGGUGCACUUCAUCCCACCCUCAUCCGCUACCCGCUGGCCCUUUAGCCACCCACACGGGCCCACUGGCUUUGGGAUUCCUGUUCUGGAGAAGUUAGUGGGCUUGAGGGUAAAGGGCGAAGCUCCCUCCUGGGGGAUGGGAGUUUGGGGACCCCUUGUCUGGCUGGUGUGUGUGUGAGUGAGUGUGAGUGUGAGUGAGAGCGUGCACGGUUCUCCGAGAGCGAGUGUUCCCAGCGGAGGGGUUAUCCAGUCCUGUGUGACUGGGGGUCUUGUCCAUUGUACAUUCGUGGUUUCUCCAAUAAAUUAUUUUCUAUGUAAAGGA